CAGAUUGGCGCUUGGCUUUGAAACGGGACAGCGUUGAACGUUUCCUUGCUGCUUAUGAUGCCGUGCAGUCAGUCUCUGGAGUGACUUCGUUGUGAACAUAUAAUAUUCCAAAACUCGUAGGUCUCUCGACGCGUUAUUGUGUCGCCUUAUUAGUGUCAUUUCGACGGGAGUUUGAUCAUUGCGAUAAUAAAUGGUUGGAGUAUAAAGAUUUCAAAGAAUAUGAACAAUUUUUAAAACGUUAUCAUCAAAGUUCGAACCGCGAAACAUUUGAAUAUAUCAUUCAAACAUCGAACGACGAAACAAAAUUGAGGGUAUAACACGAUAGUUAUUGAUAACGGAUAGAACAAUUAUUCGUUUUUGUUUCAACUUGCUGUGCGCCGAUUCCUUUUUGGAUUACCAAAAUUAUUGAGAAUAAGUGAGGCCCUAAAAACACCCGAUUGAUGUAUCGAUGAUGCGUGCUGAUUCCUACAGCGGGGGAAAUACCUGCGCAAUUGCAGUGUGGGUGUUAAUAUUCACUGUACAAACAAUCGCUCCUUUAUCGUCUUACCAAGUUACCGCUGCUGUUUCCUCAUCAGCGCUUCAGGUAACAGGAAGAUGUCCGACACUGUUGGAACAGAAUAUCUGCCCAUCUCGGUCACCCAGUUGCCGAACAUCUUUGGAAUGUUCGUCCGGUAAUUCGGAUGAAAUAUGCUGCGAAACAGCAUGUGGGAAAAAAUGUGUCGCCUCGGAAUUAACUGGAUGUCAAAGAGUAGCUCUUGCAGCUACAAGGAGGUCGAGAGCACUCGGCCCGAAUUCACCUCUCCAGUUCAUACCAAAGUGCAACAAUGUUACCGGGGAAUUCGAAGAGGUCCAGUGCGAUCCCAAGGGAAAAUCCUGCUGGUGCGUCGAUAACGUCGGAGGAGAAUUACCGGGGACCAGAGUAUCGUCGAAAAAGCUCGUCAACUGUAAAAAACCUAAACCAUGUCCAGCUCACACAUGCCGAAUGCUUUGCCCUCUGGGUUUCGAGAUAGACCAAGUAACCGGAUGCCCGCGUUGCGAAUGUCGCGAUCCCUGUCGCGGUGUGACUUGUCCAGGUGCGAAUCAAGCCUGCGAAUUGGUGGACGAGUCAUGCACGAGUCCUCCGUGUCCUCCGAUUCCUAGUUGUCGAAGAUCGAAGUCCCUGACUUCGGUAUGUCCGGCUGGCGAACCACUUCAAAUAUCGGACUCGCCGCGUCCAUUUUUGUGCGGCAAUACACCGGGCAAACCGAAUUGCCCACCGCUUUAUAGAUGCUUGGUAGAACCGAAACAAGAAUACGGAGUUUGUUGCCCUUCCGGAGUCCAGAGCCUACAAAGACCGGGAACCUGUCCCAAACAGGAAUCACCGAUCUGCGGAGCGUUCUGUCAACAUGAUCUCGAAUGUCCGGCUCCCCAAAAAUGUUGCGUCAACGAAUUAUGUGGAGGACAUUGCACCGCUCCCGAGGGACUGAGUAAUUGCAAUCAGCACAGAAUGCUUGCGGAACUUUUGAGUAUUUCCGAGAGACAGGGAAGGGGUUACAUCCCCCAGUGCGACGAAGCUGGUGUAUUCAAGCCAAAACAAUGUUCCCGUAACGGUUUGGUUUGCUGGUGCGUCGAUAUCGAGGGACGUAAAUUAGCUGGAUCUAUGGGACCAGCUGAAACGGUGGAUUGCAAAGGUAUCCAGAAAGCAAGAUCACUUCCUGCUGCCUGCUCUCCUCAGCAAUGCGCCCAAGUUUGUCAAUACGGUUUCAAAACCGACGCUUCCGGAUGCCCGACCUGCGAAUGUGAUGACGCUUGCGAGGGAUUUCCCUGUCCUCUUGGUCAAGGCUGCGUUUUAAUCCGCGAAGAGGGUUGUCCGGACUUUUUGUGUCCCACUAAACCGGAAUGUAGACCAAAAAAGAAGACUUACGCGAAUCCCUGUACCUCUGGAGUGCCGCUAACUGACGAAAAGGGCAAUGCUGUGACCUGCAGUGCUGCUUCAGAGUGUCCAAACAAUCACAAAUGUUCAAUCGUACCGGACGCAGGCCAGUCCGUUUGCUGUCCCAUCAAUUCUCCGAAUCGUCUCAAACUCCCGACGAUGUGCGAAUAUCUGAGAGAUUUUUCGGACCGUAUGGAAGGAACUCGGGACGGAAUGUCUCUUGCGUUACCGUCACCGAUUUGCGAAGCUGACGGUAGUUACCAACGUCUCCAAUGCGUUUCCAACGCUUCCUGUUCCUGCGUGAAAGAAAACGGAGUAAUUUUCCGUGAUUCCGUAACUCCGGAUACCGAUUGCGCAGCACUAGAGUCAUCGUUGAUUUCGAACUGUCCACCGAUUUCAUCUUCCUGUUCGCUGAGCUGCCCCUACGGUUUUUCUCUGGAUCAAAAUGGUUGCGAUAUUUGCGAGUGCGUCGACCCCUGCAAAGGAGUGAACUGCGGUCUUCAUUCCACUUGUGCUAUGGUCGACGUUAAUUGCGGAAAAAAUCAAAACUGUCCUCCGGUUCCGGCGUGUCUGGCAGCGAAAUUCGGACAGUGCCCAUACCUAGUUCCCCGGUCAUCGAGUUGUGAUUUGAACUGCGGAAGUGAUCAAGAGUGUGCCGGCUCGGAAAAAUGUUGUUCAACGGGUUGCGGAACGCAGUGCGUUGCUCCUCUGGUUGCGACCGCUUGUCAGCAUGCCCGGGGACUCGCGGAACAUGCGGCAAGGGAAUCGGGUGAACCAGCUAGACGAUUUUACAUACCGAGAUGCGAUGCUUCCGGUGCCUUUGAACCGGUUCAAUGCCAUGGAGGAAUGUGCUGGUGCGUUGAUCAGGAAGGAAGGGAAAAGGCCGGAACCAGAAACUUGAAAGGGAUAGUUCCAAGGUGCAACGAGCCCCAAAGAUGUCCCGGAGUUGUAGACUGUCCAUUGGUUUGCGACGAAGGAUACGAAUUGGACGUGGGAUCUGGAUGCCCGAUAUGUUCUUGCAGAGACCCAUGCAGAAACGUCACUUGCAGAGGAGAAAAUGAAGCCUGUAGAAUGGUCGAGGUUGCCUGCAGUGCGCCACCUUGUCCCCCGGUUCCUGUUUGCCUUCCGAAGAAAGAAAAUCCUUGUCCGAAUGGCUUUCCACUGUUGGGAGUAAGUGGGGAACCGGAAACGUGCGGUCCCAGAGGAUCGGCAUGCCCAUCGACUCACAAAUGCGAACUUUCACCACUGGGAGAGUACGCAGUUUGCUGUCCUAAGCCUCGAGACGUUUGCUUCGAAGUUCCGCAAGUUUCUGAAUGCCAGGGAUCGGAAUCCAAAGAAGAUAAGAAUGGGGAACAGAGGUGGUAUUUUGAUCCUGAGAAAAACGAAUGUCUCAAAAGACCGGGUUGCGCGGUUGGGCAUAACGAUUUCCCGAGUAAAUCGGUAUGUGACAAAGUUUGUCCCGUUUUAUCGCAGUGUGAAAGAUUAAGGGAAAGGAAUACAAAAACGUCGCAGAGACUCAAACAGCCGACUUUUCUGCCAAGAUGCAAUCAAGACACCGGAGGAUGGGGUGCUGUUCAGUGUCUCGAGCACGUAGGUGUUUGUUGGUGCGUUGAUAGACGAGGAGAGCCGAUAAAAGGUUCCCUAAUAAGAGGAACGGAACCAAGAUGCAAUUUCAGACAAGCUCGAAGGGGUCCCGCUGGAAGAAGUAUAGAAAUUGAACCUCUCGUCAAGGAAUACAUGCAAAAUGAAGAACAAGGAACACCCGGUAAUAAUAAAGAACGCGGUACUAGGUGCAGAAAAAUGCGAGAAAAUGGACACGCCGAAGCGAUUUGCGACAAUCAGGGAAGAUUUGAGCCGACUCAAUGCUCUGGGGAACAUUGUUGGUGCGUUGACGAGGCUGGAAAUCAACUCACGGAAACCGAACCUUUCCUUAGAGGAUCGAGAAUAUGCUUACCUACGCCGGUCGAGGCUGUCGAAGUAUCGCUUCAUUUGCCAGGUACUUUCGUGUCGUCCGACGAAGCGCGAUUGAUAUUAAGCGCGGAAAACGCGUUGCGUAAAUUGGGUACGACGGUGAGAGAUGGAAUAAUCGAUGUUGAAGUGAACGAGGAUUCGGCUUCCUUGAAUUUCGAGAUAGCAGGACCUAACAAAGUGGACGUUGCUUUUCGACUGGAGGAAUUGAUAAGGGCGAGGAAACUAUCGCUCCUCGAAUCGAAACCGGACGCGACAGCCUCAAGAUUCAGACACAGGGCGGUUAGUCAAACUACAGGAAAUUCGCGGAUAGUUGCCCUGAAACAGAGGGAAAUAUUUACUGAAAUUGACGUACCAUUUUAUCAAACUGCUACGGUUGUCCUCGGAGCAGCUAGCGGAUUCGUUAUAUGCAGUUUACUUAUUCUCCUUAUGAUGUAUCGAAAAAAAAUGAACGCGAGGGACCACUCGAAGACACUUGCACCUGACCAACGUUUCCUGGCUUACAAUCAUCAGCCGGUUUACGUGAUAUCUGGUCUGGAAAAAGAGGAAAAAGAGAAGGAAAAGGAAAAGGAGGCAAUACUCAAUAAGAUCCAAGAAAAUUUACCGGCAUCAGAAACUAGCGUAAAAACGUGAUUGAAUUUUGUUUCGUUUUUUGAUAUUUAUUUAUUGAUUCCAUUCCGUACCGCGCCCCACCAGAAUAGCAGAAUUCAAAGCAACGUGGUAGAAAUAUGAUAAACCGUCAAUAUAACUAUAAGUACGCGUAUGUAAGUAAUAUCGUAAUAUGUAAAUAUUAUAUCGGACUGCACACGUUAUACGUACGUAUACAAUACUAUGACGUUGUAUAAGAUAUACGAACAUAAGAUAUAGUUUCGUUUAAUUUCUUCAACGUUCCUUAAAUUUUAUCAACGAAUAUUAUGUAUGAUAUAAUAAUCGCUGACAGUUUUUGAUGUAGGUAUAAUAUCGCGGAUGAACGAACAUGGAGAAAUCAAGUCGACACGUGAACACAUAUAGGUAUAGAACGAUUAUAUGAUCCCUACGUUUUCGAAAAUUGAAAUCCCUUCGCAGGUACAUGCACCCAGUGAGGGUUUACAUGAUUCGAUACAGUUUUCGAAGAAUCGACAAUCUGUAUUGAAUUUAUACCCGUACGCGUUCUAUGACAUUUGAAAAUGUAUGGAUUAUGAAUAUUCUAGCUCGAACUAUCAAUACUAUUAUUGUCGUAGAAAAUAGUAUCGAUGUUACUGUUAUCCUAAUUAUAAUGAUAAUCAUCAUGAUUAUUAUUUAUGAAUAUAAUUACUAUUAUUAUCAUUACUAUUAUAAUUACUAAGUAUCAUAAUUAUUGUGUAAACUAUUUAUUUGACUAACAGAACAGAAAAGAGUAAAACGAUAUGCAAUGUUGAUUGAAAUAACAGAAUCGUCGUUGAGAUUGUAAUGCAUGGAAUAUGAGAAUAAACUUUUUCGUGAAAAUGGA